CAGGUCCCUCUCCCCUCCCUCUGAUGGGGAGCAGCAAGAGGGCUCUUCCUCUCUCCAAUUCAGCCCCUACAUCUUAGCGGGACCCCCCCUGCUCCUGGCCUUCCCCCCAUUUCCCCCUUCUUCCCCCUUUCUCUCUAUCUCUCUUCCUCCCCUCUUUUCCCACCCCUCCACCUUCUUUUCCACCUCUGCACCUCUUUCCAGCUGCCCAUCUUGAGCGAAGGGAGCAAAGGACUCUGCUUCUCUGAGAACAGGCAGAGCCUCCUUCCUUUUUCCACCCUCCCCUUCCUUCCUUACAUUCUGUCACUUCCCCCCCCUCACUGUAAGCUCUCUCUCCCCCCUUCCUUUUGGAUCUCUCGCCUCUCCUUUCACACACGCUGCCUUUCAUCUCUCGCAUACUCCCAACUGGCAUCCCCCCCACCCUAACACACACACACACACCACCCAGAUGCCAGCAUUGGCACCCCUAGGAUACACCAAAUCGUAGCUCAGGGGCGGGUGGGACGUAACACCCCUGGUACCCCUCAUCAGUCAGGGUGAGCUACCCAAGAACCAUAGUUGAGGGGGGGGGCAAGCGGUAACCCUGAGCCCCGGAAUAUCUGAUGUUCUACAGACCUUUCCCAGCUAGGUGCUUGAGUCAAGAAAGGGAUGGACUGCUUGUGCAUAGUCACUACCAAGAAAUAUCGUUACCAAGAUGAAGACAGCCCCCCGUUGGAGCACAGCCCCGCCCACCUCCCCAACCAGGUAAAGGCCCCUGAGCUGGUCCACGUGGCGGAGAAGAACCUGUCCCAGAUCGAGAGCGUCCACGGCUAUGUGUCUCACUCGCACAUCUCCCCCAUGAAGGCCAACUCCCCACCGGUAAUUGUCAACACAGAUACCUUAGAAGCACCAGCUUAUGUAAAUGGAACGGAAGGAGAAAUGGAAUACGAAGAAAUAACUCUAGAGCGGGUGGGGCAUGACUUUUUCCUCCAGGGUAACUCCGGUUUGGGAUUCAGCAUCGCCGGUGGUACUGACAACCCCCAUGUUGGCGAUGACCCCAGCAUCUUCAUCACUAAGAUCAUCCCUGGUGGGGCAGCAGCACAAGAUGGCAGGCUAAGGGUGAACGACAGCAUCCUCUUCGUCAAUGAUGUGGACGUGCGGGAGGUAACGCACAGCACGGCUGUUGAGGCCCUGAAGGAGGCCGGCUCCAUUGUGCGUCUGUAUGUCAUGCGCAGGAAGCCCCUGGCCGAGAAGGUCAUGGAGAUCAAGCUGAUCAAAGGCCCCAAAGGUCUCGGCUUCAGCAUUGCAGGUGGCGUUGGCAACCAGCACAUCCCCGGCGACAAUAGUAUCUACGUCACCAAAAUCAUAGAGGGGGGUGCAGCCCACAAGGAUGGGCGCCUGCAGAUUGGGGACAAGAUCCUGGCGGUAAACAAUGUGAGCCUUGAAGAUGUUAUGCACGAAGAUGCCGUUGCAGCCCUGAAGAACACAUAUGAUGUCGUGUACUUGAAGGUGGCCAAACCCACAAAUGUUUACCUGAAUGAUUCUUACGCCCCGCCUGACAUCACUUCCUCCUAUUCCCAGCAUCUCGACAAUGAAAUUGGUCACCAGAGCUACCUGGGCACAGACUAUCCACAAGCCAUGACCCCCACCUCCCCUCGGAGGUACUCCCCCAUCCCUAAGGAGCUGAUGGGUGAGGAGGAUAUACCCAGGGAACCGCGCCGCAUUGUCAUUCACCGUGGCUCAACAGGGCUGGGCUUCAACAUUGUUGGGGGUGAAGAUGGCGAGGGAAUCUUCAUCUCUUUCAUCCUGGCUGGGGGGCCGGCCGACCUCAGUGGGGAGCUCCGGAAAGGGGACCAGAUCCUCUCGGUCAACGGUGUGGACCUCAGGAACGCCACACACGAACAAGCAGCCAUUGCUCUGAAAAACGCCGGCCAGACGGUCACCAUCAUUGCUCAGUACAAACCGGAUGAGUACAGCCGCUUUGAGGCCAAGAUCCACGACCUCCGGGAGCAGCUGAUGAACAGCAGUUUGGGCUCAGGGACAGCAUCGCUGCGGAGCAACCCCAAGAGGGGUUUCUACAUCCGGGCGCUCUUUGACUAUGAUAAGACCAAGGACUGCGGUUUCCUGAGCCAAGCGCUGAGCUUCCAUUUUGGCGACGUCCUGCACGUGAUUGACGCUUCCGACGAGGAGUGGUGGCAGGCGCGGCGCGUCCAUCCGGAUGGCGACAGCGAUGAGAUUGGCUUCAUCCCCAGCAAAAGGCGGGUCGAGCGACGGGAAUGGACACGGCUAAAAGCAAAGGAUCGGGUGCCGGGAUCGGGCUCUCAAGGUCGAGAAGAUGCUGUCUUGAGCUAUGAAACCGUUGUACAAAUGGAAGUUCACUACGCUCGACCCAUCAUUAUCCUGGGCCCCACUAAGGACCGAGUCAACGAUGACCUCCUCUCGGAGUUCCCUGACAAAUUUGGCUCCUGUGUCCCACACACCACUCGGCCGAAACGGGAGUACGAAGUGGAUGGGCGGGACUACCAUUUUGUUGCCUCACGGGAGAAGAUGGAGAAGGACAUUCAGAGCCACAAGUUCAUUGAGGCCGGCCAGUACAACAGCCACCUGUACGGGACGAGCGUCCAGUCAGUGCGCGAGGUGGCUGAGCAGGGCAAGCACUGCAUUUUGGACGUUUCGGCCAAUGCCGUGCGGAGGCUGCAGGCAGCUCAACUUCACCCCAUCGCCGUUUUUAUCCGGCCACGCUCCCUCGAGAAUGUUCUAGAAAUUAACAAGCGGAUAACGGAGGAGCAGGCGCGGAAAGCCUUCGACAGAGCUACAAAACUGGAGCAGGAAUUUACAGAGUGCUUCUCGGCCAUUGUAGAAGGAGACAGCUUCGAAGAGAUCUACCACAAGAUCAAAAGAAUCAUUGAGGAGCUCUCCGGCCCGUACAUUUGGAUCCCGGCUCGCGAGAGACUUUAGGAGCUUAACGUGAACUGAUAUUUCCCGGAAGGGAUGGCAAAACCAACCACCACCGAAUCUGCGACAGAGCUGUCCUCUCUGGAGAGGGGGACCGACUCUUGUCUCUUGCCACUGAACUUAGCUGUUUGGUUAAUAUUUUGGGGAUGGGUGGGGAUGUCUUGGGACAGGCUUCUUUCGUUUCUUCCGUUGACUCUUUAAUCUUCUCAAUUUUUGUUUUCCUUUUUCCUUUCUUUUUUCUUUUCUUCUUCUUGCGUGAUCCGGCUCCCCCACCCCUAAUCCUGAUUCAAAACCGCUCCCGUUUUAAUUUCUGCAGCAAAUGUGGGGCUUUCUUCCAUCCCCAACAGCGCUAGCGCAUGCAUGCUGUCAUUUGGGGGGGCAGGUGGUGGCACAGGGGAAGAAUGGGGGGGUUCUUAGAUUCUGGUCUGUUUCGUUUUACAAGCAGCAAGGUGGAGGGGAGGCACACGCAGACUCUGAACUCGGAGAGAGAAAGACUGAAACAAACUUAUUGUGGGAGAGAAGAGAGAGAUAUUUUUUAAGAAAAACUUUCUGCAAAUGGAAGCCACUUUUGAUGAGUUUACUUUCCAGGACUCCCGCCCCUUUUUUCCCAGUGAUUCAGAAGAAAAGAAGGCAUUGUUGCUGAGGAGUUUUAAAGUUCCCUGAUUGUGGUUUGAUCAUUAGGGCAGAGAAGAGGGAUGGGGAUUCCGGAGGGUUUUUUAAAUUUUGGAAGGAGGAGCAACACUGCACACUCGUUAAAAGAAUCAAAAACAAAUUCACCAAGCUAGUUUUCUGCUGUUUUAAAAAAUAAAAAACCUGACUAUUUUCCCCUUGGAAGGAAACAAGGAUACCUUUUUCCGUUCCUUCCCUCUUUUGUUUUAGCUGAAUAAUAUUCUACGAUUGAAACAAGCACAGACCCAGGACUGAUGAAUCCAAGAUAAUCCUCGCUUGCAAGAAUGGCCUGAUGACGACGAUGACUUUGGGAUAUAAUAUAUCUAUAUCUAUAUAUCUCUAUAUAGAUAGAUAGAUAUUAUUUUCAGUUGACUUUUUCCUCUCUUUUUGAUUUUCUCUUUCAUUUCGUUCUGUUUUUUUCCUCUUCAGUGCAUGAAGUUUACUUUUGUGGCUUCAAAAUUUAGCAGAAAAAGGAUAACAAAAAAUAAUAAUAACAAUAAUCAUGGAACCAUUUUUGCUAAUCCAGCAAUCUAUAUUUUUCUUUCUGGGGGAGGGAGAGGAGAGAGAAAAAAAGAAGAGAAAGGUUGGGGGGGAAAGGGAAAUAGAGUUUUUUUGAUGUCCUGUGACUAUUUUUUGGGGUCAUAUCAAGUAUUUUGGUGCGGCUGUGCGUGAUGUAUGAAAAAAAAAUACACAGAGGAGAACAGUUUUAGUGGGUGGGAGAUAUAUUUCGGAGGGCUGUUUUAAGUUCACUUUGAAGAUUUUAAUUUCCAAAUCUAAUGGAUUAAUUAUUAUUUUUUGUAUAUAAAGAAAAAAACAGAGAUUGGACUUGGGGGUUGGGGGAGCUGGAGAUAUUUAGCCCCCAACCCCGCUGCUCCAGCCACUGCUGGCCCCUGGCAAGACACAAAACUCUCCAAAGGUUUGCCUUUCGGGGGUAGGAGGAAGGUGCCGGGUCAAACUUGUACUCUAGGAAGGAAGAGCUGCUGGUGUGUCAGUGGAGAAGUUUAUUUCUGUAGCUGCCGGGAAGUUAAGCAACACAGAUUCUGCUCCAAACACUUGAACUAAGCUUUCGCUCGAACCGGGUUCUCCCCUGCCUCAUCCUCCAAAAGCAAGCCUCACCCUGACCGUUCAUAGGAAUAAUUUUUAAAAUGACAGGGGUUGAAUCUGACAUUUUAAUUAUGCCUGAAAAGCAUAUGUUGGACCUGGUCCAAAUCUCCAAAGGCUGGCUACCACACCACCCCGCCCAAGGAGCGCAAAUGUCUUUUUUUUAACAACCGCUGAAUUGAGGCAAAAAACAAGGAUAAUCUACAGAAAACAAAGGGAAAGAUGUAGCUGGAAUGGAGGGACAGAGCACAAGGUUACCAGCGCGCUUGGAGGGGGUGGGGCAUCCCAGGGCUGUGUUUGCCCCCCCUCCCCCAAAGUCGCCCCAGCUCACACGACUAAAUAUGCCAAUUCACCCACAGGCCAGUGGGGUAAAGCUGGGGGGGGGGCGUUUACUCUGGGGAAACUGCCCAUCCAUGGCAAGAUGGCGGCUGGCAGAUGUGGCCUCUGAUCCUGGUUUAAACAGUUUGAUCUGGCCCUCUGCGCCCCCUCUUCAGGCCCUUCUAAAAAGUGUGCCGUUUCAAGCAGGGCAGCCCAGGCUCCUGAACUCCCUGGGUUUUCCAAGAGGGCCCAGAAGGGAUCGGACACUUUGCGUCUCUUCUCCUUGCCCCCC